GUGUGUGUGUUUUGGAGGAAAAGAAAGAUGGCAGCGCCCUCGAGUGAAGUGCAACUUGUUCCUGCCAAAAAGCCCCCAGCUCGAGGACCACGGCGGGUAGCCAAUCAAAUUCCAGAUGAAAUCCUCCAAGACCCUGAGUUACAGGAGGCAAUCAAAGCCCUGCCUGCGAAUUACAACUUUGAGAUCCACAAGACAGUUUGGCGAGUGAGACAAGCAAAAGCUAAAAGAGUUGCUUUGCAGCUUCCAGAGGGCCUGCAAAUGUUUGCCUGCACCAUCAGUGACAUCAUUGAGAGGUUCACAGAUGCAGAUACAAUUGUGAUGGGGGAUGUGACGUACGGCGCCUGCUGUGUGGACGACUUCACUGCUCGAGCCCUGGGAGCUGAUUUCAUGGUGCACUAUGGCCACAGUUGCCUAAUCCCCAUAGACUCGACAGCAGGUAUCAAGAUGCUGUAUGUGUUUGUGGAUAUCCAGAUGGACAAUGCACACUUCCUGGACACAAUCAAGUUCAACUUCUCUCCUGGACAGUCUCUUGCACUCGUCAGCACUAUUCAGUUUGUGGCGGCGCUGCAGGCUGUGAGUGUAGCCCUCAAGCCAGAGUAUGAUGUGCUUGUCCCACAGUGUCGCCCUCUGUCACCGGGAGAAAUUUUGGGCUGCACCUCCCCUCGCUUGGAGCGCCAUGUCAAUGCCAUUGUUUAUCUUGGAGAUGGAAGAUUUCACCUGGAAUCAAUCAUGAUUGCAAACCCAGACAUUCCUGCCUACAGAUAUGACCCCUACAGUAAGGUGUUCUCCAGGGAAUACUACGACCACGAAGCCAUGCGCGCUUUAAGGCUCCAGGCUAUUGACAAGGCUCGACUGGCCCAGAGAUGGGGACUGAUCUUGGGCACGCUUGGCCGACAGGGCAGCCCUAAAGUCCUGGAGCACCUGGAGUCAAAGCUCCAGUCCUUGGGCAAGUCCUUCACUCGAGUGCUUCUCUCUGAGAUCUUUCCCAGCAAACUGGCUCUGAUACCAGAUGUAGAUGCGUGGGUUCAGAUCGCUUGUCCACGCCUUUCUAUCGACUGGGGCACUGCCUUCUCCAAACCCCUUCUCUCUCCAUAUGAGGCAGCUGUUGCUUUACAAGAGGUAGGCUGGAAGGAAGUCUACCCCAUGGACUUCUAUUCCAAUCAGAGCCUGGGUCCGUGGGCACCUAACCACCCUGACAACCAACCUGUGCGGCCUGCUCGUAGACAGACCCAGAAAAAAGGCUCAGAGCCAGCCAUUCCUGCCAAGCACUGUGAGCAGAACCAGUGCGCCCCCUGUGGCUGCCAAGGGGAAUGACACGUCGUGACCAGCGCUGUCUUUGACUCGUCUCGUGUCUGCCUCUGCUAACAAGCAGAGAGAGGUCAGACCAGAAGAGGAACAAUUGGAAUUUGAGUCAGCCUAACUUCAGAGGAGUUUUCAGCUUCUUUUUCAAAUAGAUUGGAAGUUAUAUAUAUGGCUUCUAAUCUUACAGGACAGCAGAUCAAACUAAAAUGCUUCCACUAUUUAUUUUAUUUUUAUUUUUUUGCAUGUAUUCUGGUUUAAAAAUACAUGUAAGUAAGAGAAUAUCUUACAUUUUCAGGCUCUUGCAUGUUCGUGUCAGUCUGAUUGUUAUGACGAAGCUGCUUCCUGCUGUGCUACGAAAUGAAUUCUGCCUGCAAAGGGAAACUAUGUGGGCCUUUCUGUAAUGGAGAUUCCAAAAGAAAGCGUGAGAUGACCUUGAGCAUGCUGUAAGGAAUUAAGUGUCUGCCAAUGUGGGUGGCUCUAGUCAAAUGCAAUCCACUUGGGCGAAGCACUGUAAACUGACACUUAAAAUGAGAUUCGCUUUAUGCUGCGUUUUCAAAACAGCCGACCACAUUGUAGGAAGCACUUUUGUACGCUCAGCGUGUCAUUUUGUUUUUUCAUACUUUCACAUUUUCUGCCGAUAUGUGAGCAGCUGAGAUGCCACCUGACCCUGUUUUGCUUUCUUGUUUUUGUGGUGAAAUUGUGAAAACAGUAAAUCAGAAAUGAAACCUUUCUUGUUGGGAGUUUUUUUUCCCCCUAAAUGCAGUGCUGUUCUGAAGCUAUGAGCCUGUUUUUAAAGCUGAGUGGUAUGAGUUCCUAGAUGCGUGCAGAGCUAGUCACGACUGCUCUCCAUUCUCAUUAUUUAUUGAUGGUGGAGUCUGUCAAUAAAUAAAUAAAUAAUCCUCCUAUUGCUGUUCGGCCGGUACAGCAAAAACUGAUUGACAGAAGCCCACCGUGGCCUCAGCUGAUCCCAAGAACCCUCCCCAGGUGGCAGCACAGUGUGACAGGUGAUCUUUGGAGAGUUUUAAUUCUAAACAACUACCCAGCUUCUCCAAUCACAUCCUCACUCUGCUUUCCACCUUUGUAUCACUUCAACAGCAAAAGCCAGUGAGAUAGAGCGAUACUGCCAGACAUAUCCGGGAUGCGUCACGUGUCCCGCUAGCAGCUACAUUUUUAAAGAGCUCAGUAUUUGCCACAGUACCGUGUGUGAUGCAUAGCAGUCGGGAAUAAAUUAUUGGCCAGCAGAGCUCUCUUUCAGCUGAUGUUCGAUUUAUAUUCUAGUUUGUUCUUUCACAGGCAAAAAGAAAGAAUGUUAAUAAUCUGCCCUUUCCUCUUCUCAUAACCCUUCAGGUUUGUUAUCCCAGUCUAAAGAUUUGUCAU